GAUUGAGGCUGCCCUUGUCCCCACCUCUUUACAUCUGUGCCUUUCAGUUCCCUGUAUGAGAGGACUCCCUCUGCGGACUAUGACUUUACAUUGAUUAAACAUUGGACUUUAUCAACAUGCUGCGGGUCAAUGUUGAGUCCGCAUAUGGGAUCCCCAAAAAGAAACUUGGAAACCCGGAUCCAAUAGUUGGUGUUGUCUUCAGAGGCGAAAAGAAGAAAACCAAAGCAAUUGACAAUGAACUGAAUCCGGUUUGGAAUGAAGUGCUUGAAUUUGAUCUGAAAGGCUCUUCUCUGGAUGCGUCUUCAUUCAUCAGCGUGGUUGUAAAAGACUAUGAAACGAUCGGAAAAGACAAAUUCAUUGGCUCUGCAAAGAUCUCAUUAAGAGACUUGGCCGGCGGUCACGUGAGGUCCCUCCCAUCCAAGAAUGUGCCCUUGGUCAAUGAGAAGCAGCAGCCUGUCGGGGCGACCAUUAAUCUGCUCAUUGGGUACGAGCCACCUCCCAACACCGCUCCAGACCUGAACGACCCAUCUGAUGGAGACAUGUCGCAGGUAGACGCUGGCGGCGAGGAGGGUGAUGAAGGGGAGGCAGACAUGGACGGGGGAGACCAGGGUGGAGGUCCGGGAGUUCCUGUUUCACCAAACCAGCCUGGGAAACCCGGUCAUAAGCCAGUCCGUGUCAGUCGUAAGAGACACAGAGCCCUGGCCAAUAAGCCUCAGGACUUCCAGAUUCGUGUUCGGGUCAUCGAGGCUCGGCAGAUGCCUGGCAACAACAUAAAGCCGGUGGUUAAGGUGAAUGUAUGCGAACAGACCCACAGGACUAGAAUUAGAAGAGGAAACAACCCAUUCUUUAAUGAGAUGUUUUUCUACAACGUUAACAUGCUCCCCUCAGAGCUGUUUGAUGAGAGCAUCAGUCUUCGGGUUUACGACUCCUAUUCUCUCAGAGCUGACAGUCUAAUCGGAGAGUUCAAGCUGGACGUCGGCUACAUCUACGACGAACCUGGUCAUGCCAUCAUGAGGAAGUGGCUGCUCCUGAGCGAUCCUGAUGACUCCAACUCGGGGGCCAGAGGUUACCUGAAAGUCAGCAUAUUUAUUGUCGGCACUGGAGACGACCCACCGAGUGAGAGAAGAGACUCAAGUGAGGAGCAUGACGACAUAGAGAGUAAUCUACUGGUGCCAGCUGGUGUCACAAUGCGAUGGGCCACUCUGACCCUUAAAGUUUACCGUGCUGAGGACAUGCCGCAGAUGGAUGAUGCCUUUGUUCAGACGGUGAAGCAGGUCUUUGGAGGAGAUGGAGACAGGAAAAAUCUGGUUGAUCCAUAUUUGGAAGUCAGCUUUGCUGGGAAGAAGCUGUGCACCAAAAUAAUUGAGAAAAAUGCCAAUCCAGAGUGGAAUCAACUCAUCAAUCUCCAAGUCAAAUUCCCAUCCAUGUGUGAACGCAUCAAGCUGACCAUGUAUGACUGGGAUCGUCUGACCAGGAAUGACGCCAUUGGAACAACGUUUCUGAAUCUGAGCAAGAUGUCUUCCUCUGGUGGAGAGAUUGAAGACACACGGCCUGAAAAUUGCUCCACGGUCUCUGAAAUGAGCCCAGCUGCAUCAGAGGUUGGUUUUCUCCCAGCCUUUGGACCUUGUUACGUCAACCUGUAUGGUAGCCCCAGAGAAUUCACUGGACUGCCUGACCCAUAUGAUGAGCUCAACUUUGGGAAGGGAGAAGGGGUCGCAUACAGGGGGAGGGUCCUCGUUGAACUAGCCACCCAGUUGGACGGAAAGGUUGACAGGAACGUGGAUGAGCUCUCCGGUGAUGAUAUCCUGGUGGCACAGAAAUACCAGCGGAGGAGGAAGUACUCCCUGUGCGCUGUGUUCCACAGUGCGUGCAUGCUCCAGGAGCCGGGUGAGCCAAUCCAGUUUGAGGUCAGCAUUGGUAACUAUGGGAACAAGCUGGACUCCACCUGCAAGCCCCUGGCUUCCACCACCCAGUACAGCUUUGCUGUGUUUGAUGGUAAUCACUACUAUUACCUGCCGUGGGCUGACACUAAGCCUGUAGUGAUUCUCACUUCUUACUGGGAAGACAUCAGCCACCGCCUGGACUCCGUCAAUGUCCUCCUGUUCAUCGCUGAGAGACUGGAGUCCAAUCUGACUUCAUUAAAAACCGCCAUCACAGCCAAGGUGUCUGAAACAUGUCUCACAGAGAUUUGGGUCAAACUCAUAAACCACAUGAUUGAGGACCUUGAGAGUCUCAAGCUUCCAGCACUGGAGGGUCAACCAAAUCUUACAGCCUUGGAUCUUCAAAUAAAAAAUCUACGUGACGCUGCCGUGGAUAAAAUGAAACAAAUGGCCAGUCGCAUGAGAGAAGAGGCCAUGGAAGUAAAGGCUACGGUUUGUGACAUUGAAGACUGGUUGGACAGAAUCAAGCAGCUGGCAGAAGAGCCUCAGAACAGCAUGCCGGAUGUGAUCAUAUGGAUGUUGAGAGGAGAGAAGCGGGUGGCUUACGCCCGAGUCCCAGCCAACGAGAUCCUGUACUCUAACUUCAGCGAACAGGCCCGUGGCAAACACUGUGGAAAGACCCAGACCAUCUUCAUGCAGUACCCCAUGGACAAAGACAAAGGCAUGAAGAUCCCCGUUCAGCUGAGGGUCAACAUGUGGCUCGGCCUCUCAACCCAUGAGAAGAAGUUCAACACCUUCUCAGAGGGAAACUUCAGCGUGUAUGCUGAAAUGUAUGAGAACCAGGCUCAGGUGUUUGGGAAGUGGGGAACCACCGGCCUGGUGGGUCGCCAUAAGUUCUCAGAUGUGACAGGAAAAGUGAAACUCAAGCAGGAGCGCUUUCUGCCGCCACGUGGAUGGGAAUGGGAGGGAGACUGGUUUGUGGACCCCGAACGAUGUCUGUUGACAGAAGCUGAUGCAGGCCACACAGAGUUCACGGAUGAAGUCUUUCAGAAUGAAACACGUUUCCCUGGCGGGGAGUGGAAACCUGCCACGGAGCACUACACAGACGUGAAUGGAGAGAAGGCUCAGAGCCCAGGAGAGUUUGAAUGUCCGCCUGGAUGGACCUGGGAGGAUGACUGGAAGUCUGACAUCAACAGGGCUGUAGAUGAGAGAGGUUGGGAAUACGGCGUCACCAUUCCCCCCGACGAUAAACCCAAAUCUUGGGUCGCAGCAGAGAAGAUGUACCACGUCCACCGCAGGAUGAGGCUCGUUAGACCGAGGAAGAAAACAUCUGACAAAACAGUUGUCACCGAGAGAAGAGAAACAGGGGAAGGCUGGGAAUACUCUUCCCUGAUUGGCUGGAACUUCCACAGAAAGGAGCGAUCUUCUGACACGUUCCGCCGUCGCCGCUGGAGGAGAAAGAUGAUCCCAUCGGACUGCAUCGGGGCCUCUGCCAUUUUCAGACUGGAAGGGGCAUUAGGGGUUGAUGUUGACGAGAAGGCCAGCAAAAAGGAUGCAGCCAAACUAUUUGGUGCCAACACACCCACCGUUUCCUGCCACUUCAGCCGGUCUUACAUUUACCACCUGAGAGUGUACGUUUAUCAGGCGAGAAACCUCUGUGCCAUGGACAAAGACAGCUUCUCAGAUCCAUACGCCCAUGUGUCAUUUCUGCACCUGAGCAAGACCACAGAAGUCAUAAGGACCACGGUGAAUCCCACAUGGGAUCAGACUCUCAUCUUUGAGGACAUUGAAAUCUAUGGAGACCCACAGACCAUAGCUCACAACCCUCCUGAUGUAGUCUUGGAGCUGUAUGACAGUGAUCAAGUGGGUAAGGAUGAGCCCAUGGGUCGCUGCACAUGCCCACCUGUGGUAAAACUGAAGCCCAGUGUGGCCGUCACUCCGAAGCUGCUGUGGUUCCCAGUCACCAAGAAGGGCCGCAUUGCAGGAGAGGUGCUGUUAGCUGCUGAGCUCAUACUGAAGGACAAGGCCAAUGAUGCAGAUAUGCCUCUGCUGCCUUCUCGACGGGGGGAGAAUCUGUUCAUGGUUCCUCAAGGAAUUAGGCCCGUGGUGCAGCUCACUGCCAUUGAGGUUUUGACUUGGGGCUUGAGGAACAUGAAGACCUACCAGCUGGCCACAGUGUCCUCCCCCAGUCUGGUAGUGGAAUGCGGCGGUGAGAUCGUUCAGACGGCUGUAAUCAAACACUUCAAAAAGAAUCCCAACUUCCCCGGAUCUGUGCUGCUACUGAAAGUGCUUCUUCCCAAAGAGGAGAUGUACACCCCACCCAUCGUGCUGAAGGUAAUCGACCACAGACCCUUCGGUAGGAAACCUGUAGUGGGACAGUGCACCAUUGACUGUCUGGAGGAGUUCCGCUGUGACCCAUAUCGUCUUAACAAUGAAGUAUGCAUGUCUGCUACAGUGGCAAUGAUAGCAGCUGCCCAAGGAGAUGCUGUCAUAGACAUUGAUGAGAGGCCCAUCAUGAACGCUGAGGCUCAAGCAGAAAAGGAAGAGGAGGCAGUGGACUGGUGGAGUAAGUUCUACGCCUCCAUCGGAGAGCACAGAAAGUGUGGGCCUUACCGAUCAAAGGGAUACGACACAUUGCAGGUGUAUAAAUCUGAAUUAGAACAGGUUGAAGAGUUCCAGGGACUGACUGAUUUCUGCAGCACUUUCAAACUUCAGCGAGGGAAGACUGAAGACGACGAAGAUGACCCCUCAGUGGUGGGAGAGUUCAAGGGUUCAUUCAAGAUUUACCCACUGCCUGAUGACCCAGGGAGGCCAGCUCCACCUCGCCAGUUCAGAGAGCUCCCUGAGAGUGGACCACAGGAGUGCCUGAUCAGAAUAUAUGUCGUGCGCUGUAUUGACCUGCAGCCUAAGGAUACAAACGGCAUGUGUGACCCUUACAUUAAAAUUACAGUAGGGAGGAAAACACUGGAUGACAGAGACAACUACAAACCAAACACCCUCAAUCCAGAGUUUGGAAGGAUGUUUGAGCUGUCGUGCUUCAUGCCUCAUGACAAGGAUCUGAAGAUUGCAGUGUAUGACUACGACUUACUGAGCAGAGAUGAAAAAGUGGGUGAGACCGUGAUUGAUUUGGAGAACAGACUCCUGUCCCGCUUUAGGUCCUCCUGUGGACUGCCACAGACUUACUGUGUGUCAGGGAUAAAUCAGUGGAGAGAUCAGCUGAAGCCAUCUCAGAUCCUGGAGAAUUUGGCCAAAGUGAAGGGCGUCCCUCUUCCACGCAUCGAGAGAGAUGGCAGCUCACUCUUUUUCUCGGGAAAACAAUACAACCUGCAGGAGUUUGAGGGAAACAGUGUGAUCCACCAGCACUUGGGGCCAGCCAGAGAGAGGCUGUGUCUGCACGUUCUCAGGGAUCAGGGACUGGUACCAGAGCAUGUGGAGACCAGAACCCUGUGCAGCUCCCACCAACCAAAUCUGUCUCAGGGAAAAAUUCAAAUGUGGGUUGACAUUUUCCCCAAGAGCCAUGGCACACCUGGUCCUCCGUGUCAUAUCACUCCACGCAAAGCCAAGAAGUACGUCUUGCGGGCCAUCAUCUGGAACACAACUGACGUCACUUUGGAUGAGACAAGCAUCACCGGAGAAAACAUGAGUGACAUCUAUGUCAAAGGCUGGAUGCCGGGAAUGGAGGAUAACAAGCAGAAAACUGACGUCCACUACAGGUCCCUGGAUGGAGAUGGCAAUUUCAACUGGAGGUUCGUCUUUGGGUUUGACUACCUGCCAGCGGAGCAGUUGUGUGUUGUCUCGAGGAAAGAACACUUUUGGAAUCUGGACAAAACUGAAUUUAGGACUCCUCCAAAACUGAUCAUCCAGAUAUGGGACAAUGACAAAUUCUCCAUGGAUGACUACUUAGGUUCAGUUGAGCUGGACCUGCUCAAUCUGAUCCCCCCUGCUAAGACCCCAGAAAAGUGCAGCCUGAAGAUGCUGCCAGGGAUGGCGGCAUCCAGCUCUUCCAAAAAACCUACACCUAACUCACUCUUCUCCCAGAAGUCUGUGCGAGGCUGGUGGCCGUGCGCCACUGAGCAGAAUGGGAAACAUGUGCUUGGUGGGAAAGUUGAGAUGACACUGGAAAUAGUGGAGGAGAAAGAGGUGGAGGAGAGGCCUGCUGGGAAAGGCAGAGACGAGCCCAACAUGAAUCCAAAACUGGAGCCACCCAACCGCCCUGACACGUCCUUCUUCUGGUUUACAAAUCCUUGCAAAACCAUGAAGUUCAUUGUGUGGCGCAGAUUCAAGUGCAUUUUCAUUGUCACGAUUCUUCUUCUGCUGGUUCUCCUGUUCCUUGGGAUUCUGUUGUACUCCCUACCCAAUUACAUCUCAAUGAAGAUUGUGAAGCCUUUCUCCUAAGAAGAAGAAUCUACAGUCCUGACACUGUCCCUCAGAUAUACGCAUUUACUUUCUCUACUGAUUACUUAGCAGACUGAUACACCCAUUAUAAUUCAGGAAAGUCUUUUUUUAUUUUAUUUUAAUUUUUUUGUAUUUUUGCACUGUCAGUAUUACCUGUGUCUCUUUGUAUACCAGAUCCAAAUAAUCUCUCUUAAAGAAACAAAACAAAAAAAAGGAAGAAUAUGAUUUUAAUAAAUUUAGCAAAUACAGAUGAUUCAUAUUUUGUGUUCAUUCACUUAUUAUGUGGAAACACUAUGUAAUUAAGGAUGCACUUUUAGAUUAGAUUAGAUUUUUUAUUUACCUCCUGCUGCACGGUUGCACGGCAAUAAACUGCUUUUUGACAUUGUUGCUAGGAUACCAAUCUAUGAUCUUUUCCCAAGACAGAUGUUUGUAUUUUGUUUUGGUAGGAAGCAUUAUCAUUAAAAUUGUAUGAUCAGAUACUUUA